UACUUUCAUUAACUCGAUCAUUCAGUCAAAACCCAACGACGCAGCUACCAACUCUGAGUGAUCAGUUUUUUUUUAAAUUGUUUAAGUUUCUCAUUUUUGUUUAUAAAUAUUAAACUAUAAACAUGAGUUUCAGCCGGAAACACGUCUCCCUCUUGGUGCUCGCCGCCACCGUUGCUGUUCUUGCCUUGGUCAUGCCUCAAGCAGCCGGUGAAGAUCAAGUUCAUCAAGGCCUGGAUAAGCUUGGUGAGGACACGAAGAACUUUGUGGAAGGUGUUCGGAAGCAACUUAAAGACGCUUAUGAUGGACUGAGUCCAGAGACAAAGUCAAAUAUCGCUAGUGUCCAGAAGACCCUCGAGGAUACAGCUAAGUCAAUCAAGGAGAAGACUACAUCUGCCCUUGAGAGCGCUAAGGUCGACGAAAAUGUUAAGGCUUUCCAGGCCAAAAUAGGCGAACUCUAUGAAAAUGCCAAGAAAGGUUUGGAGACACCCAAGAGCAAAUAAAUUAAUCUCCUUAAAUAAAAAAAUAAUAUAAAUAAGAAUACAAUUUUUAAGAAAACCACUGUAAUCCCUAGUAGCAUAACGUCGCAGUUAAAAAGAAAAAAGGAGAGGAUGAGAACUUAAAAAACUCGUCAAUUUUAAAAACUGAACCUAUAAAAAACCGGUCAAGUUUAUAUUUUAGGAAACCAUCUUGUGGAAUUUCUUAAAGUAAACCUUGAGUAAUCAAGUGUUGAAAAACAGUUUGAAGAUCCUAUGUGGCUAUUUGCCGCUUAAAAUAUUUUGAAACAUGUUAAAAGAAGAAAACGCACAGAGUAGGUAAAUGGUGGUAUUUUUUUCAGAUGUGUCUACGCAAAUGUUGCCGAGAGGUGAAUUUCACUUUGAAAAAAUAACCAAAAAGAGUUUCCCGAGAAAAAAUUUAGAGCAAAUAUUUUAAGAGUUUUUGAAAAUUGUUUUCUCAAUAUCAUUGCUACUGAUGAAUUUUCUCUAUACAUUAUCGAUCAGCUAAAAAAAUAAUGAUGCUAGUAUUAAAAUUGUGAUAAAGUGAAACAAUUUAUGCUCAUAAUUUCUAGACCUCAUAUUUAUUGUACCUUGAACAUGUAAUAAAAAAUGAGUCACUGUCAUCA